UAGUUUCCUCCUCGUCCUCCAGUCCAGCAGGCGUCGCUGUUGGCUCUGAGCUCGGUGUCUCUGUUUUCCUGCCGCUGGCUCUCUUUGUCCGCUCCGGGACUCAAAGUGCGCAAAGACGAGGAACAUGUCCGCCGUGCAGCUGCUGCGGGUGUCGGUACGUGAGCGGAUCAGCGCUGCCGCGGAAGGCUUUCUGCUGCAGGUGGAGAAAGGAGGAGAAACGGCUCGAGUCCCGGCGCUGAGGGCGAUGCUCACCGAGCGGCUCGCGGCGGCGGCGGAGGAGAUCGUCGCGGUGAUUGAGGAAACCGUGGCGGAGUACGAACACAGAGUGGAGCGGUCCGAGCGGGAGGUCUGCCGCCAGAGGAGGCUGCUGGAUGCCGUGAUGAAGCCCGAACUCCGGCUGCACAGAGUCGUGUGUCCUGCAGAUGUACAGCAGCUGAUGGUGAAUAAAGAAGAGGUUCCCCCUAAGCAGCAGCAGUUGAGCCCCAUUGUGGACCAGGAGGACCCAGAGCCCCCCCACAUUAAAGAGGAACAGGAGGAACCGUGGACCAAUCAGGAGGGAGAGCAGCUUCAACAACUUGAGCAGGCUGAUAUCAAGUUCACAUUGACUGCUGUCACUGUGAAGAGUGAAGAAGAUGAAGAGAAACCUGAGGUGUCACAGCUUCAUCAGAGUCAGACUGAGGAGAACACAGCGGACUGUGGAGAACAAGAACCAGCCAGGAACUCAGGUCCUGAUGGACAUUUACAACAAGGUACUGAGGACAAGACUGAAGACAGUGAAGGUGAUUGGAUGCAGACCAGGGAACCUCAGUCUGGUUUAAAUACAACAAAUAACAAACAGCCUCUAAGUGAUAUGAAAUGUAAAACUGGUAAGAAAGCAUUUGGUUGUUCUGAGUGUGGUAAAACAUUUAGACAAAAGUGCGAUCUAACUGUACAUAUGAGGACUCAUACAGGAGAGAGACCGUUUAGUUGCUCUGAGUGUGGUAAAAGAUUUCUUCAAAAGGUCAAUCUAACUGCACAUAUGAGGACUCAUACAGGAGAGAAACCGUUUAGUUGCUCUGAGUGUGGUAAAAGAUUUAUUCAAAAGUGCGAUCUAACUAUACAUAUGAGGAUUCAUACAGGAGAGAAACCGUUUAGUUGCUCCGAGUGUGGUAAAAGAUUUAUUCAAAAGUGCGAUCUAACUGUACAUAUGAGGACUCAUACAGGAGAGAAACCGUUUAGUUGCUCCGAUUGUGGUAAAAGAUUUAUUCAAAAGGGCAAUCUAACUGUACAUAUGAGGAUUCAUACAGGAGAGAGACCGUUUAGUUGCUCCGAGUGUGGUAAAAGAUUUAUUCAAAAGUGCGAUCUAACUGUACAUAUGAGGACUCAUACAGGAGAGAAACCGUUUAGUUGCUCCGAGUGUGGUAAAAGCUUUCUUCAAAAGGGCGAUCUAACUGCACAUAUGAGGAUUCAUACAGGAGAGAAACCGUUUAGUUGCUCCGAGUGUGGUAAAAGAUUUAGCCGAAAUGGCGAUCUAACUGUACAUAUGAGGAUUCAUACAGGAGAGAAACCGUUUAGUUGCUCCGAGUGUGGUAAAAGAUUUAGCCGAAAGGGCGAUCUAACUGUACAUAUGAGGACUCAUACAGGAGAGAAAGCGUUUAGUUGCUCUGAGUGUGGUAAAGAUUUCUUCAAAAGGGCGAUCUAACUGUACAUAUGAGGACUCAUACAGGAGAGAAAGCAUUUAGUUGCUCCUAGUGUGGUAAAAUAUUUAGACUAAUGGGUAAUGUAACUGCAUAUGAGUAGUCAUAUAGGAGAGAAUGAAUUUACUUGCUCUGUGUGGUUAAAGAUUUAAGUUGCAUCGUUUGCAACAAAAGAUUUAUUAGGAUUUGUCAGUGUGGUGUAUUUAGCUAACAUGGAUCAUUUUGACGUGUGUAAAACAUAAUGACAGGUUUAAAGCUGGGGGCCCCUCGUUUCUGGAUUCUCAGAAUUCCUAACUAUUAUUCCAUAUGUUACUCCUUAGUUCUCUCCCUCUGAGAAUGCUCUUUGACCUGUUAGAUGGAGGGGUUUCCAUCUUUAUGUACGAAGCAUGUCUUGAAUUAAAGGCCCCUAUGUAUGAUGUCAUUUGAUCUCAAAUCUUGGGCGUACACAAUUUCCCUAUAUGAAUGCUUGUCCGGCACCGGCGAGGCAGACUUCUGCAUUAGCUGAGAACGUCUCCGGGUAUACCUAGGUACCUGUCCUGACCUGUAACUUCUGUGUAAUAAACCUUUUUAUACAAGCAAGAACGGUGUCCGCGAAGAUUCCUUCAUCAUCUUCAACAUCACUGCUGCUUAAAUAUACAACAUCAGCAACUAUUCAUAUGAUACAUAUUCAUAGUUCACUGUUGUAAAAAGAGAAUUAAGAAUCCCUCCACCUGUUUUUACCAGAGUUAAACAAUUUUUAUGUUCCUAGAAAAUACAACUCAUUGAAUAACAUGAAA